AUGACAGAUAAAUUUAAGGCAGAACGAGACAAUAUUCAAGUUUCUAUAAGAAUAAAGUAAGAAUCUUUUAAUUAAUAAUGCAAGACCCUUAUUAGAAGAUGGAAGAUCAUGUAUAAAACUGGAUUCCAAUUUAAAAAAUACAAUUAUUAUUGAGGGCAAUCAAUAAUAAUAGUAGGAUUAGAAAUAUUUUUAUUUUGAUUAUGUAGCAUAGUAAGACUCAAGUUAAGAAGAUAUAUUUAAUAUAGUAGGAAAAUAAUAAGCAAUUAAUUGUCUUGAUGGUUAUAAUGGUUGUGUGUUUGUUUAUGGAUAAACAGGAAGUGGUAAAACAUAUACAAUGAUGGGUACUUAGAAAUAACCAGGUUUAUUACCAAGAGUGAUUGAUUUUUUGUUUAAUUGCAUUUUGGAGGAUUAAUCAGAAAAUGUAGAAUAUUUAGUUAAAUGCAGUUAUUUGGAAAUCUAUAAUGAACAUAUAAUAGAUCUUUUAAAUCCUUAAUUAGGAAAUUUAUAAUUAAGAGAAGAUUUAAAAAAAGGAGUUUAUGUAGAAUAAUUAAGUGAAGAAGUUUGUACUAAUGUAGCUGAAUCUUUAGAAGUUUUAUAAAGAGGAAGUCUAAAUAGACAUAUUUCAUCUACUUAAAUGAAUAUUGAAUCAUCAAGAUCACAUAGUGUUUUUACUAUUUAACUUGAAUCAAGAAGACAAUCAUCUUAAACUUAAGUUAUUAAUCAUAGAUUUUCAAGAUUUCAUUUUGUAGAUCUUGCUGGUAGUGAAAGAUAAAAGUAAUCAUAAGUUUAAGGAGAAAGAUUGAGAGAAGGUUGCAAUAUAAAUAAAAGUUUACAUAUUUUAGGAAAUGUUAUCAAUUCUCUUGUCGAAGAUAAUUAAUCAUUUGUUCAUUAUAGAGAUUCUAAAUUAACAUUUCUACUUAAAGAUUCUUUAGGUGGUAAUUCAAGAACACAUCUUAUUGCUAAUAUCUAAUAAUCCUAAUAAUUCUAUCAAGAAACUUUAUCUACUCUUAUGUUUUCUAAAAGAGUCAAAUAAGUUAAAAACAAAGCUAGAAUUAAUGAAGAUGAAAGUGGAAAUUUAGAAAGUCUUAAAAAUGAAAUUAAAAGACUUAAAUAAGAACUUGCUAAAAGUGUUAUCACUCAAUAAUAAAAAUGGGAAUCACCUAAAAAAUUUGAAUAAAAAUAAUAAUAAUCAUUUAUUAAUGAAUAAUGUAUUUAUUUCAGUUUAUUCAUUAGUUUUAUAAUCCUUAGAAUUAGAAAGUUUAAUUAUUAAUGAUUAAAAAUAUAUUAAACUUGAAGAAAUAUUGAAGUGUUAUUUAGAAUAAUCAACAGAAAGUGAAACAGCUUUAUUUUUAGAAAUCGAAAAGUAUUUAAACGGAAUUAAGUAAUUAAAAGAAGGUUUCUAAUUAGGAUAACAAUUAGAAUAAUAGUUAAAAUUUGUCAUUAAAUUACAAAAUGAAUAAAUUUAAAAAUUAAAAUUAAAUUAAUCACCUGAUGAUAUAUAAUAAUAAAUUCAAUAGUAAUUAGCAUAUGCUUUACAAUGUUAAGGUUUAGUUAUGAAAACAUUUUAUGAAAAUUUAACUUUAAAAGAGUAGUAAGGAGCUACCUAAACAGUAUCAAAAGUUUAAGUCUAAGUUGAUAAUAAUCUUAAUUUAUUAAAAGAAAUUGUAGAAACAGUUUAAGUAUCUAUUAUAUUUUAAUUCAUUAGAAUUCUCUUAAUGAAAGAAGAUAAUUUCAAUAGCAACUAGAUCUAUAAUUUAACUCAUAGUAUGUCACCUUAGAAAAAUUUAAAGAAUUAGAAACCUAAUCAGAAUACAAAGAAAAGUUGUUAUCUGAAUAAACAUAAAAAUUAGUAUCUAUGGAGGAUUAAAUCAAAGAGAUUGAAAAACAAAUAUUUCAAAAAUUAGAGGAAAAUGGAAUUACUUUUAAUGAAAAUGAUCAAAUAGUUGAUGUUAGAGAUAAAUAAAUUUUAGAUUUGAAAAACAGAAUUAUUGAUCUUAAUUAAGAACUUAAAAAUUAAAAUUAGUAAUUAGAAGAAUUAUUAAAUAAUUCAGAAUAAAUUAUUUAAUAACUUAAAAAUGAAAAUUAAUAAAUUUUAACUUAAAAAUAAGAAAUUCAAGUAAACUUUGAAUAAUCUUAAACUAGUAUUUCUGAAUUCUAAUAUUAUUCUAAAUAAUAGAUGUUUGAGCUUGAAUAAUAAAUUAAUCAAUUAAAAAAUCAAAAUUAAUUAUAAGUUAAUAAUUAUUAAUAUUUAAAUCAAUAAAAUCAAGAAUUCAAAUAGUAAAUUAUUAAUGAAUAAAAUACAAAUAGUUAAUUGGCUUAAGGAUUAGCAGAGAAUGAAGAAAAACUUAAAGAACUAAACCAAAUAAUUGUUGAAAAUGGUAUUACUAUUUCAGAAUUAAAAUCAUAAAUAUCUUCUUAUGAAAAAUAUAUUCUUUAAUUAAAAAAUGAAUUAAAUGAUAAAGAAAAUAAUAUUCAAUAAAAUUAGAAAUCUAUCAAAGUUCUAGAAUUGGAAAAUAACAAUUUAAAAUAAGAAUGUAUCAAAUAUUAAAAUUAGUUAACACUAUUGUAAGAUUAAUUGCAAUUAUCAGUUUCAAAAUUAGAAAGCUCAGAAUAAGAAUUAUUUACAUAAUUACAAUAAUUGUAAAAAGAUAAUUAGGUUUUAUAGAAUGAAAAUUCUCUUUUAUAAAAAGAUAAGUAAGAAAUGAUAGAAGAAAAGAAUAUUUUGACUUAAGAUUUUAAUUAAAAAACUAAAGAACUUGAGCAUACUUAAUUAUAACUUAAAUAGAUUGAAUAAAAUUAUUAGGAAGAAAUGACAAUAUUUUAAUAAAAUUAUUAAAUUUAAAAUUCUGAUUUAGAGAAGAAUUUUGAAGAUUAAAUGAAACAAUAAAAGAAAGAUUUUGAAUUGUUAUUAUCUUAAUUAAAUUAAAAAAAAGAUUGUGAUUUGGGCAAAUUAAAUUAAGAAGUAUUUAUAAAUUUAUAAUUUUAAGAUUCUGUAAUUAAAUUGUGUAAUAAAAGAGAAGGAAAAAUAAUAUGUAGAAAUGAAAUUUUAAUUAGAAGAAUAAAUAAACGUAAUUAAUUUGGAUUAAUUAAAUAGUUGGUAAAUUAAAAAUUACAAAAUGAAAGUUAAAAAAGUUCUUAAUUAGAGAUAAUGAUUGACGCAUAGAAAUAGGAGUUUGAAGAAAUUUAAAAAGAGCAGAUGUCCAGUGUAGACUUAUUAUAAAAGCAAUUAGAAAGUAAGCAGGCUGUAAUUCAAGAAACAUCGGAUCAUUAUAACCAAGUUCAUGAACUAUACAUUUCUUUGUAAGCUAGGAUGGAACAAAAAGACUAAGUAAAUUCCGAAUUGAAAAGAGAUGUUCUAUAACAUAAGUCCAAAAUAGAGAAUUAAUCAAAAGAAAUAUAACAAUUAUAAUAAAAAAUAAUAUCUGUAGAGAAUGAAAAUUAGUAAAGCAGAAAUACUUUAGAAAUAUAAUAGUAAGGUAAAUUGUAAGAUAUGACAUAAAAAUUAUAAAUUAAGACGAGAACAAUUGAAUAAUUGAAUAAUGAAAAAACAGCUUUGAAUGAAAAAGUUAAAGAUAUAGAAUGUGAAUCUAAUAAAUUUAAAAUAACUAUUAGUUAAUUAGAAUAGUAGUUAAAUGAAUCUUAAAAUAAAUCAAACUUAUUAUAAUCUUAGAUUUAAGGUUUAACUAAUAUAAUUAAUGAAAAAGAAUAAUAAAUAGAAUUUUUAUCAUAAGAAUUAAAUAAAUAAAAUCAAAUUUUAGAUAAAAGUUCUGAAAUUUGGAAAAAAGAAACAGACUAAAUGGAAAUUGAGAAUAAUAUUUUAAAAAUUCAAAUAAAUGAAAAGUAAAAAGAAAUUCAAAAACUUGAAUCAAAAAUAAAUAUAAGUUUAAAUGAUUUACAAUAAAAGGAAUAAUAAAUAGAGUAAUUAAAAUUAUAAUUAAAUCAUCUAAACACUAAUUUAUAGUAAUAAUUAGAAUUGACAUCAAAAGAUAAUUAACUUUUAAAGAAGGAAAUAUAAUAAUUAAAUUAACAUAUUGAUUCAUAACAUGAAGAAAUUGAUUAGAUGAGAGUAGAAUUAGAUUAAAAAUAAGCUUAGGUUGAUGAAAAUAAAGCAACUGUUAAGAAAUUAACAAAAUAAUUGGAGUUAGAAAUAAAACAAUACUCUUUACAUUUAAAGAAACAUGAAGAUUAACACAAAAAAGAAGUUUAAGAGUUAGUAGAUUAACUAGAUAUACAUUAAAAGUAAUUAUAAUAAAAGGAACAGAUGAUUGAAUAGUUAAAUAAAUAAGUGAAUGGAUUAUAAAGUGCAUUUGAGACUAAAGAGGAUUUAAAUCAAUAAACUUAAAAGGAUAUUUAUCAAUUAAAAGAUAAAUUAAAAUCUGACUAAAACAAGUUUACUGUAAAUUUAUAAUUUAAUAUAAUUAGAAAAUCAUUUAAGGACUUGAAAAUGCAAAUAUACAAUUAAAAAAUUAAUUGGAUGAAUAUACACAUUAAAUUUAAGAAAAUGUACAUAAAUAUCAAUCUGUUUAAAAAUAAAAUGAUUUAUAAAACAUUUAAUUUAGUGAAUAAUAGGAGAAGUAUAAUCUUUUAAAAGAUCAAUUUACAAGAUUAGAAUCUUAGAUGAAAUAAGAAUCAUAAAUACGAGAAUAAUAUAGCCAUAUUGCAGAUAAAGUUACAAAAGAAAACAAUGAAUUAAAAUAAAAGAUAGAUAAAAAAUAAUAAGUAAAGGUUUUAUUAAAUUCCAGAUUAUUGUUCAAUUAGAACAAGCUCUUUUAUAAAACGAAGAGACACUAAAAAAUGUACAUGAUAGAGCAAAAGAGUUUUGUAAGUAAUAAGAAAAAGAAAUAAAUGAUAUUAAAGAUUAAUAUUUAAAAUUAGAAGCUGAACAUAAUGCGAUAUUGGUAAUUCUUUGUAUAAAUAGAUAGUCAUAAAAUUAAGAAAGAGAAGAUGAAAAUGAAUAAAUGAAAGAUCAAAAAGAUCAAGCAUUGAUAUAAAUGCAUACAUUGGAAGAUGACAAUCUUAAGUUAAAGAAAGAAUUACAAGAAUAACAUGAAAAAUUAACUAAAUCAAAUAAUGAAAGAUCAAUGCUUUAUAAGUAAAUUGAAGAAAUGCAAAAAGAUAUUGCAUAACUUGGAGGACAUAAUAAUCCAUCUUAAAAAAUAAGAUAUUUAAAUACAAUUAAAUAAGAGAAUUCAUGUUUGAAAUAAGAAAAAUUAUACUUAUCAGAAUAGUUAUAAAAGGAGAUUGAAGAAAAAAAUAAAUUAUUGUAGUAAUAUUAAUAAAAUCGAAAAAAUACAGAUUCAGAUAAUUAAUAAUAGAAUGUUUCAAAAUUAGAUAUGGUAUUUAUAUAUAUCUUAAUUUAUAGUAAAAAUUAAUAGUUGAAAAUUAGAGAUUAAAUAAUGAAAUGACUAAACUUAAUUAAAUUUUGAAUUUAAGUGGAGUUAAAAACAGGUUUUCAACUAUUAAGGGUAGUGAUGGUGAUAAGAUCAUCUAAUCUGUAUAAUUACUUAUUUAGGAAUUGAUUGUAUAUUUAUUUUUAAUAUCUAGGAUUGUAAAUAAGAAAUUUAAUAGAGGAAUAAAGAUUAAGAAGGAAAAAACUUAAAAUAUUAAACUAUGGAAAAAGAUCUACUAGUUAUGAAAUAAAAAUUUUAUGCUGUAUAAAAAGAUAAUCCUUAAAUAUAAACUAAAGCAUAGAGUCCUGCAGUAUAACAUGAUGUUUUAAGAGAUAAUAAUAGAAUUAAUAUUAAUUCUGGUAGUGUUUAAAGAUAAUCUAAACCAAAAGCUUAAUAGACUUUCCAAUUUUAAUGA